AAACCGGGGCAACGUGACGUCACAUGGUUGAGCAACCGGCGCGCUGCACGGAAGAGCGGCGUGCGUGUUGUUGUGUGUUCCCUAUCGUUUCCCUUGAAAAUUACUCUUUGUGGAACAUAGUCAUUAUGGCCUCAGAUGACAUUGCUCAGCUGGCUGAUGCUCUUUCCAAGACCCACGUCGGGGAUGGAGAGUUAAGCUAUAAAGGCCUGGGACUGAAGUUGGACAACGCAGAAUCAGUGGAGGAGCUGGUCUGUGAGAUAGAGCAGUACCAUGGUCUGAGAGCUUUGCGCCUGGAGGGGAACACUGUGGGAGUGGAUGCAGCCCGGGCCAUUGCCAAAGCUCUGGAGAGCAAAGACCAGCUCCAGAGAUGCUAUUGGAGCGACAUGUUCACCGGAAGGUUGCGCUCUGAAAUCCCAACUGCCCUGAGGUCUCUGGGCAGUGCAUUAAUGAGUGCAGGGGCCAGGCUAACCGAGCUGGACCUGAGCGAUAAUGCCUUUGGGCCAGAUGGCGUGAAGGGAAUCGAGCAGCUGCUGAAGAGCCCUUCCUGCCACACCUUAAGGGAGCUGAGGCUCAACAAUUGUGGCAUGGGGAUCGGAGGAGGAAAGAUCCUGGCUGAAGCUCUGAUUGAGUGCCACAGACAGUCAUUAGCGCACGGAGCUCCACUCAAACUGAGAGUGUUCAUCGCAGGGAGGAACCGCCUGGAAAAUGAAGGAGCCAGUGCCCUGGCUAAAGCCUUUCAGGUGAUAGGCAGCCUGGAAGAAGUCCACAUGCCCCAGAAUGGUAUUAACUACGCAGGGGUGAUGGCGUUGGCUUCAGCCAUGCGACACAACCCUGAGCUCCGCCUUCUCAACCUUAACGACAAUACCUUCACCAAGAGGGGCACGUUGGCAAUGGCACAGGCUCUGAGGCACCUGAGGAACGUUCAGGUGAUCAACUUUGGUGACUGUCUGGUCCGCUCUGAAGGAGCCAUCGCCCUCGCUGCUGUCCUCAGAGAGGGACUGCCAAUCCUCAAGGAGCUCAAUCUGUCAUUUGGGGAGAUCACUGAGGCAGCAGCUCUGGUGGUGGCUCAGGCCGUCACAGACAAACCUCACAUGGAGAAAGUGGACCUGAACGGGAACUGUCUGGGAGAGGAGGGCUGCGAGGCUUUGAGGGAAGCUAUGGAAAACAUGGACAAAGGAGACAUGCUGGCAUCACUCAGUGAUGAUGAGGGAGAACCUGAUGACGAGGGUGAGGAAGAUGAGGAUGACCAUGAAAACGAUGAUGAUUAUGAUGAUGAUGAUGCCAGUGACGACUGUAAUGAAGACAACGAGGAGGCCGGUGAAAUUGUGAAGGAAAAUGGAAUAACAAGAAAAGACGACAGUCCUGCAAAACCUCAGAGCCCACCAGAGAUCACAUCUUUCCUCAGCUGCCCCUCUGCAGAGAAGCUCCUUCAGCUGGGAGAGAUGAGGACAGACCUGCAGCAAACAGUGGAUGCUUCUGACCCACACAAGGCCGCUGAUGUCCUUCUGAAAAUCGCUUCUCUGUACAGCGAGGAACCAGAGACCAAAAGCGCUGUGUUUGAAACUAUUGACGCUGUGUUGAAGAAGCUCCUCUCUGGCUCUGCCCUGCAGUCAUACUGCUUCCUCUCCACGCUGCUGGUCACGAUGGGAAUCCUCAAGGGAGAGGGGAAGGUGAAAAAGGUGUCACUGGUCCCAGGUCAGCUGUUGUGUUUGGAGCACGCUGUCCAGCAGGAGUACUUCCCCCAGCACCACGCCUCGCUGCUUUACACCUUCAUGUCCAAGAAGAGUGAAGCUCUGGAGUCCUGCAGCAGCGCCAGCGAGAACCUGAGCUCCACUCUGGAGAAGAAGUGCCACGGCCAACGCUUAUCCCACUGAUCAACCACUGCCAGUACCAAAUACUGGGACACAGACGCACACUGUACUGACUUUAAUGUCUUCACCAACAAGGGGAACUUUACACUUGAACAAGGGACUCGGACAACCACUUAAUGUAUCUCCAUUCCCGAUUUGUAUAUUUUAUGAAGGCAAAAAAACUGUCCAGAAUAUCUUAGUUUUUAUUUUUCUACUUGUGACUUAUUUUUUUAUAGCAAUAAUACAAAUAUAGACAUACACAUUAGGUAACCUUUGGGUGAAUGUGUAAAGAAUGAAACUGAUUGUAUCCUAGAGUGGAGCUUACUUUUACACAAUGUCAGUCUGGCACCUUUUGCUACUUUUGCUUUGCAUUUAGUCAUACGUGGUUUCAGAAUUCACUGUUGAACAACGACAAAACAACGCAUCUUUUUAUAGACGGGGUUCCUACGUAGCUACGGAAAUGACGGGUUUAACCGAUUCUAGGUCUUGAUCAAUUUGGAAAACGUACAGUACAUUUUGGCAAAGAAUGGGAGGUAUUCAUUUUUGUGAUGAACGUACAGCUACAGAUUUGCUGUAUUUUUGGGCUUAUAUCACACAUGCUCUGAUACUUGAUGCUGUGAAAACAAUAUGGAGUGCUGAGACAAAAAUGAAAAGGCCAAGUAUUCAUGUAAAUCAUACUGAGCAAAAAAAACAACUGCAAUCUAUAAAUCAAAAUAAAUUAGUCAAAAAUAAA